AUGGAGGAGGAAAAUGAUGAUGUGGAAAACGAUAUGGAUACAACAACACUGAUACCUCCAAGUGGCACUGACAGAAGCAAGCAAAAUUGGAAAGUUCGUUUGAAACGUAUAACACUCACGACACGUGUUAUAUUCGUAGUGGCAGUCUGCAUUUUUACUGUUGCAUGCUUAAUUUACUUUCUACAUGGUGAAAGUCAGAAAGGUACAGAUGGUGAACAAUGGCUAUGGAAAAUCACUUUAGAUCCUAUGCCGCCGAGCGGGCCAAUCAGCAUCACGAUAACACAUACCUCGUCUACUACUGAUGAAAUAACGCUAGAUGACGUACUGUUUGGUGACGUGUGGCUAUGUGGUGGACAGAGUAACAUGGUUUUUACUGUGACUCAAGUUUUCAAUGCAACAAUCGAAGCACUCAUAUCUUCUGAAUAUCCACAUAUCAGAUUAUUUACAGCCAGUGAGAUUCAUUCGGAAACACCACAGAAUGAUUUAACAUCAGUGAAACAACCUUGUGACGCCAAAGCUGACAGUGUACUGUGGAAUGCUAUGAUAUAUCCAUUACUGAAUAUUACAAUAAAAGGAGUAGUUUGGUAUCAAGGAGAAUCGAAUACAAUACAUGGUAUUAAACAAGAUUCCUAUUCUUGUACCUUUCCUGCAAUGAUAGCUGACUGGAGAGACAAGUUUUACAUUGGUACUGGAGGAGAAACAGAUAAACUCUUCCCAUUUGGAUUUGUACAGGUGAAAAAAACUAUCAAUAGAAAAAGUGCUGCGGUUACACGUGAAUCGAUCCAGAAAACAUUCAAGAUAACCGAAAAUGUUAGCUGGCUUUUGCCCAAAGUGCACCCGAGGUACAAACAAGAUGUAGGAUAUCGUUUAGCAUUGGCUGCAAAGGCAAUUGCGUAUAAUGAUACAAAUGUCAAAUAUGCUGGACCAUUCCCAAGUAAUAUAACAGUGGUGUUAUCUGGAGAUGCAAUAAAUGUUAUAUACGAUAGUAAGCAUAUCCGAGUGAACCAGGAUUCUGGGUUUGAGGUGUGCUGUUCAUCAACAAACAACUGUACAGACUUAUCAAAUGACUGGUUACCUGCUCCUAUCAUAUCCACCAUUGAUAAAGAUGGAAUUCAAAUCUCUACAGUGUUUUGUGAUGCUGCGACAUUGCAAGCUGUACGUUAUGCGUGGAGGGAUUAUCCAUGUUCUUACAAACAAUGUACCAUAUAUGACAAUGACAGUAAUUUGCCGGCACCUUUGUUUGUAUUUUCACUCAAAGGAAAGUAUUAA